AUGAAGGCUCCCCUAACUCUCGUUACUCUAGGGCUCCUCCUGCUAUCCAUCACCAUCCAGGGCAAGGUCUACAACCAAUGCUCUUUGGCCAGAACUCUACAAAGACUUGGUCUAGCUGGCUUCCAAGGAAUCACCCUGGCAAACUGGGUCUGUUUGGCCAAAUGGGAGAGUCAUUUUAACACAAACACUACAAGAUUCAACCCUGAAGACUACAGCACCAGCUAUGGGAUCUUUCAGAUCAACAGCCGAUUCUGGUGUAAUGACGGCAAAACCCCAGGAUCAAAGAACUUAUGUCGGAUAUCCUGCAAAGCUUUGCUGAAGAAUAACAUCAGGCCUGCCGUACUUUGUGCAAAGAGGAUCAUGAAGGAUCCACAAGGAAUUUAUUCAUGGGCAAGAUGGAUAAAACACUGUGAAAACAAAAACCUCAAAGAGUACAUUCAGGGCUGCGAUCUGUAACUGUCUCCGUGUUCAGAUCAUUCGUCUCUUCUUCUGAGCACAGUAAACAGCUAAGUAAAAGGUCACCUGCUGUCGUCCCCCUUCAGACAAAGUGGACUUGCACAGGAGCAAGAGCUGGAACAAAUAAGAGUCUUUACCAUGCUUUCUCUGUGCAGCCCAGGCUGGCCUUGAACUCAGAGAUCUGCCUGCCUGUGCCUCUUAAAGGUGUAUACCACUCCCAGCUGACUAGUGUGACUAUCAUUUGAUGGUAAGCCUAUGUUUUCAGCUUGUGAAUGAAACUGAAGUGGGAGAGUAUUUCUCUAACUCCUUGAGUUUCAAAUGCUUCUCUAACAUUCCAUUCUCCUUCAACAAAGGAACUCGGGCUUAAUCAUUCAUAAUGAACUAUUCCCCAAACACACACACACACACAACCAUGUUAGGCAAAAAUCACAGCUAUGGUGGUAUCUGAGGCCUUCAUCUGUUCAAAUUACUCCAAAAACUUGCUGCUCACUCUGUGGGAUGAGACAUAGAUUGCAAAAGUGACUUCUAAAUGGCAGAAACCAGGAGACUCACGAUAGGCCCUCUUUUCCUGUACUGAGCUUCGGCUUCAGCGUUUGCCUGAAGUGCUUCAUUUGUAAUGCUUCACAAAUAAAUGCACCUUGCUUGUGACAGUC